GCUCCGCGUGACGCUUCCGCUCCUCCUGAAAACAACACAUGCACCCUAGGCUUGCUAGCUCUCUUAGUCGGUGUGCACUAUCAACAUGAAAAGAGCAUUUGAAGAUGGUCCAGUUUAGCAGAAUUUGCUUCCGAAAGUAUGGAAACUUUGUGGACAAUUUGCGUCUGUAUGUCCGAGGAGGCUCUGGAGGAAUGGGUCUGCCCCGUCUUGGAGGCCAGGGAGGGAGAGGAGGGGAUAUUUGGGUGGUGGCUCAAAAGGAGGUGACACUGAAGAGGAUCAAGGACCGGCACCCGCAGAAACGUUUUGCAGCUGGAGUGGGAGCCAACAGCAGUAUCCGGUCUCUGAAAGGGCAGAAGGGAAACGACCAGGAGAUUUAUGCCCCUGUUGGUAUCACUGUCACCACUGAUGACGGCAAAGUCCUGGGUGAACUGAAUGCUGAAGGCGAUCGUGUUUUGGUUGCGAGGGGAGGACAUGGAGGGUCUCUCCAUUCUGAUUUCCAGCCCAGUAAAGGCCAGGCCAAACACAUCAGACUGGACCUCAAACUCAUCGCUGACCUGGGUUUGGUGGGAUUCCCCAAUGCAGGGAAGUCUUCUCUCCUGACCUCCAUGUCUCACGCUACACCCCAAAUUGCUAGCUACGCUUUCACAACCUUGAGGCCAGAGAUUGGCAAGCUCAUUUAUAAGGAUCAUAAGCAGAUCUCUGUGGCAGACCUCCCUGGGCUGAUCGAGGGGGCUCACCUGAACAAAGGCAUGGGCCACAAGUUUCUAAAGCAUGUGGAGCGGACCAAGCAGCUGCUCUUUGUGGUGGAUGUUUGUGGUUUCCAGCUGGCAAGCAAAACACCACUCAGGUCAGCUUUUGAAGCGGUUCAACUUCUGACCAAGGAGUUGGAGUUGUACAAGGAGGAGCUUGUUUCGAAGCCCGCUUUGCUGGUGGUGAAUAAGAUGGACCUCCCUGACGCUGAGGACAAACUGGCAGAACUACAGGAGCAACUCAACAAUCCAGACGAGUUCUCCGACCUGUUGCCUGAUGACAUGAUCCCUAAGAACAACAUGGUCUUCAGACAUGUGGUUCCUGUCUCUGCCUCCACUGGGUUUGGCAUCGAACAUCUGAAAACUUGUAUCCGUGAAUCAGUUGAAGAAGAGGCAGCCAUGGAAACUAAAACGGUCCAUCAAGAGAGGCUGCAGGCACUGAGGCAGACUGCCACGGCCAAAACGUCUGCACCGUCAUGGGGUUCCUCUGGUUCAGCGUGAGUUGAACUAGAGCCACUUCCUCAACUGUGUGUGGACUUGGUGAUGUUACUGGUGUGAAUAAAUGACAGCAGUAACCCGGGAUUGUCUGCGGCGGAGAUAGAGGCGUGUCAUCUGUCAUCACUGCCUCAUCCAAAAUUAACCGAGUUUGCAGCCAAGAGGAUUCUUACACUUUAACACCGAUGGGGGAAAAAAUUGCAAACUGAGUGGACAGUGAGACUUAUGACUGAUCAGCCAUGUGUUUCCCUAGAUGAAAUUCUCUCCCUGCAAAAUCUUAAAGCAGCACAUGCUUCAGUAUCAGCUGCACUGAAUAGUACAGAAUCUACAAAGAUCAGACUUCCUUUAAAUGCAGGAGAUAUACAUCUAGGGACUGGUGUAUUUAUUUCGCUGGACUGUAUUUUAUUUUUUAUUGGUGUGUAAAUUGCCAUAUUGUAAUAUUAAGGAAAUCUAAUGCUUGCGGUCUGUUUGCUGCUGUUGUGUUUUCUUUUCCUCAAGGCAAACAAUUACAUACAUUUGUUAGUUAGAAACGGCAGCGUAGAGACAUGUGUCGAUGAAAGUUUUAUUUUAUAUUAAAUAUAUUACAAUACUGAAUGAUCGA